GCGUUGUUGCAAGCCCACGACGUUGUAGCACAGGAGGUGUACGGAGAAGAGGCGAUCCGAGUGACGCCGCCGCCGAGCGCCAUGGGCCCGUUUGCAAACGGCGCCUCUGGCGGCCUGUCGAGUUUCGGCAACUCUGGCGGACUUUCAGGCUCCACGUUUGGGCUGGCUGGCGGCGGUCUGUUCCGGAUCAGACCGGAGCCGGUUCUUAUCUUUGUGAGGGCGCAGUUUGACUACGACCCUUUGCAAGAUGAUAUCAUUCCAUGUGCUCAAGCGGGCAUUGCUUUCAAUACUGGAGAUAUUCUGCAGAUAAUCAGCAAAGAUGACCACAAUUGGUGGCAGGCGAAAAAAGAGAAUUGCUCCACAGCUGGACUCAUUCCGUCUCCCGAACUGCAAGAAUGGCGAACUGCGGCCACUGCCAUGGACAAGCACAAACAUGAACAAGCUUGUUUCUAUCAGUAUGAAAUGCUGGACAUAAGAAGAGAAGUUGCUCUGAUCUUUGUGAGGGCGCAGUUUGACUACGACCCUUUGCAAGAUGAUAUCAUUCCAUGUGCUCAAGCGGGCAUUGCUUUCAAUACUGGAGAUAUUCUGCAGAUAAUCAGCAAAGAUGACCACAAUUGGUGGCAGGCGAAAAAAGAGAAUUGCUCCACAGCUGGACUCAUUCCGUCUCCCGAACUGCAAGAAUGGCGAACUGCGGCCACUGCCAUGGACAAGCACAAACAUGAACAAGUGAAUUGUGCUUUCUGGGGCAAGAAGCGAAAACAGAUAAAAGACAAAUACUUGGCCAAGCACAACGCCAUCUUUGACCAGUUGGACCUGGUGACCUAUGAGGAAGUGGUGAAGCUGCCAGCGUUUCAGCGCAAAACCCUGAUAAAAGACAAAUACUUGGCCAAGCACAACGCCAUCUUUGACCAGUUGGACCUGGUGACCUAUGAGGAAGUGGUGAAGCUGCCAGCGUUUCAGCGCAAAACCCUGGUGCUGCUUGGCGCCCAUGGUGUGGGUCGCAGGCACAUCAAAAACACCCUGAUUGCAAUGCAUCCCACCAAAUACGCUUAUCCUAUUCCUCAUACGACGAGGUCCCCGCGAAAGGACGAAGAGAACGGGAAGCAAUACUACUUUGUGUCGCAUGACGAAAUGAUGGCGGACAUUGCGGCCAACGAGUACUUGGAGUACGGGACCCACGAGGACGCCAUGUAUGGUACCAAGCUGGAGACCAUCCGGCGGAUCCACGCGGAAGGCAAAGUGGCCAUUUUGGACGUGGAACCACAGGCCCUGAAGUUUGAUGGGAGUCUCGAGAGACUCAUCAGAGAGUCAGAGGUUCUCCGCCAGGCCUACUGCCACUUCUUUGACCAGACCAUCAUCAACAAUGACAUUGAAGCUACCAUUGCGACUCUGGAAAGGUCCCUGGACCGCAUUCACUGCACCCCUCAGUGGAUCCCAGUCUCCUGGGUCUACUGA